ACAGAAAACCAACAGAUCUGUUAAAAUUGCUAUCCUCUACCUCUCAGAGUCUCAGUUAAUUAACCCCUUUGUAUAACUUACUUGUUUUGCUGCUUUUUCUUUGCCAAUUUUCCGAAGACAAUUGCCCAUCUAACUUAUGACUAUAAAAAAAGUGUUACUCCCCCCGAUCCAAAUUAUCACUGAAUCGGCGACAAAUGAUUUGGAUCAGGGGGAGGACAUACCUCUUUCGCUGUCUAUGUCAGAUUAUUUGCAUAUGCAUGGCCGCGCUCAAUACCCAAUAAUAUAUACUCUACUGUCAUAGCUUUUUUUUGGAGGGAUUUGUACUGUAUAAUAGGCUAGAAAAACCUAAAGGCAGUUUAGAAAUUUAUAGACGUCCUAAUGAACCUAGAGUCAGAGGACUGCAGUUUUACGCCUGUUGGUUUUCUUGUUUUGGAAGAGAAGAAUAUUUUAGCUGAUUUUCCUCAUAAGGUGUGUGCUGAUAUGACACUAGUGUCACUUCCAGUCCCAUUACUUCUAUCAAUGAUUCAGUAUAUCUUGUGGAACAGGGAAACGUAGCAGUGGACUUAUUUUGAGCAGUAUGUUUGGAUCACGGGUGCGCUCAUAGUACUAGCAGUACGCCAAACAAUCUAUUGCUGGUACCUUAAGGUUUUGUUGGGGAUGGACGGCAGUAGCUCCAACAAGAGAACGGUUGAAGCUCUGCCAGAGGUAGAGCGGAGCACCAAGAGGCUUAAUGUCAGCAUUGGAGCGGAGACCCUUGAUUGCCCCAUCUGCUUUGAGCCCUUAAGGCCCCCGAUAUUCCAGUGCUCUAUCGGUCAUUGCAUAUGCUCCUCUUGCCAUGGCAAGCUGAUGAAAAAGAAGUGUCACUUAUGCUGUGUCGAAACAUCCUUCAAGCGCUGCUUUGGGAUGGAAUAUGUCGUCCAGUCAGUCAUAGUUCCUUGCUACAAUGCCAAGUACGGAUGCACCGUGAAGGUGACCUACUACCAGAAAGAAGAACACAAGAAGGCAUGCCAGAAUGCCCCAUGCUUCUGCCCAGAGUCUGCUUGUGGCUUCGCUGGACCAAUACAGGUGCUCCUAGACCAUUUCACCACCAAGCACAAGUGUCCAUUGACAGUCCUCCCAGACUCUGGCACAACAUCUCUACAUUUACAAAUGGGCUUAAAUGUUCUGCAAUGCACCGAGACCAGCUACUUUUUCUUGCUCAGCAUGGCAUUAGAACCUUUUGGACAUGCCAUUUCAGUCGUCUGCGUCCAACCAAACGUUAUAGAACCCAAAUUCUCAUGUACUAUGGAUUACAACUGCAUGAUAACCGGCUAUUGUGAAAGUACAAGUUGCCACAUAAGAAGCUCUUCGCUCUCUGAUGGGCUACCGACAGAGUAUGAUUUGAUACUUCCCAAGGGAAAGAUUUCUGAUGAUCGAGAAGGCAUCAUGCUCACAACCACCAUUCAUCAACCUUUGAGACUCAGCAGAUCCCGUCUUCGAGGAAAGGGUGCGGCUCCUGCUCUUGAGACUGAUGAUGAGGAUAAUCUACCUUUAACUUCAAUUGUCAACAGAUCCCAUCUCCAAGGAACCGGCCCAACAUCUAAUCUUCGACAAUUUUCCUUUUCUGACGACGACGAUGACGAUGAUGAUGAUAUAUAACUUGGUGCACUGGUCAUGCCCGUGCAUGCUAAAGGUUUUGCAUGGACUGGCCGUUGUUAUACCUGGCUUUCAUUAUUCUGGUUCCAAAAGAUAUAUAUGUCAACAGUCUUUAUGAUCUCAAGCUCCGUCAACACAUUAGGCGAGCAGUUGUGUGGUUGUGAGUCUGACUGCAUGGAUCUGAUUGCAGCUUUGAGCUUUCGGUCUAAUGAUGCUGCCAACGUCAUAAUUUUAGAGGAAGUCAGCCUCCUGGUGAUGCAUCUUCCAAGGGUAACGUUUUGGAUGAUGUAAUAACAGUCCUAUUGAAGGUACCCUGAGUUAGAAGGAAAAGCAUCAUGGCUCUUUCGGCAAUGCAGCUGCUAGCAAAUAGUAUAUGUUCAUGCUAGUAUUUUUCGACACAUCACAUUAGUAGUUUAGUACUGAUUGUGAACAACCACAUGUUAGUUAUUUUGUUUAGACUCUCCUGGUUGCUGUCUGUGCCUGAGAUCCAUCAUGAAAUGUUUUCCAGAAUCGUGUUGUGGCCAAUUAGAUGUUUGAUUAUCUGAAAAGAAACCUGCAAUUUAUUUGAGGAUUGCUCGAUGAUU